AUGCGGUUAUUAGCUACCAGUCGAGCCCUGUGGUCCAGCAGUGGCCCAUGGUCAAUUAUUUUUAGGCCAACCACUCCCCGCUCCAUCGCAUCUCGGCCGACCCUCUCCCUCAAUCGCGAAUGGAGCUCAACUCCAGAUCGCUGGACAACCCUGUCCGCUCCAGCUAGCCAAUCACCAAAGCAAAAGCCCACGCUCAAGAUAGAAGACAACACCUAUCAAACUGAUAAAUGGACCAAUACCCCCGACACAAUUCUAUCCCACGUUGGACGCCGACUCUACCUCGACGACAACCACCCUCUCGCUAUUACCCGGAAGCUCAUUGAAAGCCAAUUCCCAGCCCCAAGCUACGGCAAUUACUCAGAGAAGAACCCAGUCGUCUCAACCAAACACAACUUCGACGUUCUGGGCUUCCCGCCAGAUCACCCUGGCCGCAGUCGCACGGAUACAUACUAUGUGAACGAUAAGACGGUACUGCGCACCCACACCAGCGCACACCAACAGGCCUAUUUCCAGCAAAUCGCCCGGAAUGAAAAUACGCGCCCCGAAGAGGUUGGUUACACCGUCAUCGCGGAUGUCUACCGCCGCGACGCCAUCGACCGCAGCCACUACCCAGUCUUCCACCAGAUGGAGGGCGCUAUGCUGUGGAAGCGGCCGACUACGAACCCUCUCGCCGCAUCGAAAGAAACAGCCGCUAAGAUCAUGGAGGACGUCCAGAAAAUCCCGUCUCAUGAUGUUGUCGUCGAGGACCCCAACCCGACUAUCCAUGCCCAACGCAAUCCCCUGCAAGACGAGCACCACAGCGCCGAGGAAGUCGAAGCCGUAGCUGCGCACUUGAAGCGUUCUCUAGAGCGCAUGGUGAUCAAGAUCUUCACGGAAGCGAGCAAAGCCGCCAGCAGUGGCGGCGCCGAGGCCGAGCCGUUAAAGGUCCGCUGGGUCGAGGCUUACUUCCCGUUCACCAGCCCGUCAUGGGAACUGGAAGUUUUCUGGCAGGGCGACUGGCUUGAGAUUCUGGGCUGCGGUGUGAUCAAGCAGGAUUUACUGAUCAACUCGGACGUGCCAGACCGGAUUGGAUGGGCGUUUGGACUUGGUCUUGAGCGCAUCGCCAUGCUCCUAUUUAACAUCCCUGACAUCCGCUUGUUCUGGUCACGGGAUGAGCGGUUUUUGUCGCAAUUCCGGGCGGGCCACAUUGCCCGCUUUGAGCCUUUCUCUAAGCAUCCGGCUUGUUAUAAAGAUGUUGCUUUCUGGUUGCCGCCUGCUGCUGUGACGGGUGGGAGUAGUGCUGCUGGGGGAGCGAUGCCGUUCCAUGAGAAUGAUGUUAUGGAGAUUGUUCGCGGGGUUGGUGGAGAUCUUGUCGAGGAUGUUACUCUCAUUGAUGAGUUUACGCAUCCUAAGACUGGGCGCAAGAGCAUGUGCUACCGUAUUAAUUAUCGGAGCUUGGAGCGGACUUUGACUAAUGAGGAGUCUAAUGAGAUGAAUCUCAAGGUUCGGGAGAAGUUGGUCAGAGAGCUUGGGGUGGAGUUGAGAUGA